UUCCCAGUUCGCAUUCUUUCUCGUCCAGAAAAAGAUAUCAGAAGCACGUAGUUUUCGCCCCCGCAGCACCGCCUCCGUCCAACUUCAGCAAUUAAUUUCACUCUUUCUUAUCUGAGGACAAAAGUAAAUCUGUCUCAUAAAAAUGGAACAUCUUUUGGGACUUUUGAGAAUUCACGUCCUCAGAGGAGUUAAUCUUGCGAUCCGAGACGUCCGAAGCAGUGAUCCUUAUGUUGUCAUCAGAAUGGGCAAACAUAAAUUAAAAACUCGGGUGGUCAAGAGGAACCUGAACCCGGAAUGGAAUGACGAGCUGACUCUCGCAAUCGCCGACCCGAGCCUUUCCAUAAAAUUGAUGGUCUACGACAAGGACAAAUUCAGCCUUGACGACAAGAUGGGGGAUGCUCAGAUCCACAUCGUACCCUUUCUUGACGCGUUGAGGAUGAGAUUGGAUGACGUCCCGAGCGGAACCGUGAUCACCAGAGUGAAGCCAGGCCGGGACAACUGCUUGGCAGAGGAGAGCUCUAUUGUGUGGCGCAAUGGCAAAGUAGUGCAGGACAUGGUGCUCCGGCUCCGCAAUGUGGAGCGUGGCGAGGUUGAGCUACAACUUGAAUGGAUAGACAUUCCCGGUUCCAGGGGCCUGUAGGAGGACUAGGUCUGUCAAUUUUGAUAAUUGCAAAUUCAACUCAAUGUACAAAGAAAGCUCUGAAUGAGUUCCUAAUAAUUCUUUGAUUCUUUAUUUAACUUAUUGGGCAUGUAAGA